ACCUGCUCAUGAUCUUCUCUUCUACAUUUGUACCCAACAUAUUACAUCAAAAAGUCAAGAACUGAGAGUUUAACAAUCUUUCAUUUGUCUCUUUUUUUCAAUUUGUAUAGGGGAUUUAAACUUGGAAUUAAUUUAUUUCGGUAUGGUAUUGGUACAACAAGAGGACGAAAUAAUGCAAGGUGAAAAGAAGAAAGGAAUGCGAGUAGGAAAAUACGAAAUUGGAAGGACUCUUGGUGAGGGCAAUUUUGGCAAAGUGAAGUACGCGAGGCAUGUUGACUCUGGCCAAUCUUUCGCCAUUAAGAUUUUGGAGAAGGCUCGAAUCGUGGACCUCAAGUUUAUCAAUCAGAUUAAGAGGGAGAUUGGAAGUUCAAAACUCCUCAAACAUCCUAACGUUGUAAGAUUGUAUGAGGUAUUAGCAAGCAAAAGCAAGAUUUACAUGGUGCUGGAAUACGUGAAUGGUGGUGAAUUAUUUGACAGAAUUGCUUCCAAAGGAAAACUCAAAGAGGCACAGGGUAGGAAACUCUUUCAACAAUUGAUUGAUGGCGUUAGUUACUGUCACGAUAAAGGUGUCUUCCACAGAGACCUCAAGCUAGAGAACGUCCUCAUUGAUUCAAAAGGGAACAUAAAAAUAACGGACUUUGGGCUUAGUGCUUUACCUCAACAAUUUUGGUCUGAUGGUUUAUUGCAUACAACGUGCGGUAGUCCCAACUAUGUUGCUCCUGAAAUUCUAUCUAACAGAGGAUAUGAUGGCGCGACAUCAGAUACUUGGUCAUGUGGUGUCAUCUUAUAUGUAAUUCUCACCGGUCAAUUACCCUUUGAUGAUAAAAAUUUAGCAAUACUUUAUAAAAAGAUAUUUAAGGGGGAUGUUCAUAUACCGAAGUGGCUAUCCUUAGGAGCAAAAAACCUUUUAAAGAGGAUUCUUGAUCCCAAUCCACGUACUCGUAUAACAAUGGCAGAAAUCAAAAUAAACGAAUGGUUCAAACAAGAUUAUGUUCCAGCAAAUCCUUAUGAAGAAGAUUUGGAAUGUGAUCAUAUAUCAACAGAUAAUCAAGUCUUAACAGUACAAGAAUCAGCACCAGUUGACACGCAAAGAGAUCCGGAAUCACAUUCCCUUAUCAAUGCCUUUCAACUAAUAGGGAUGUCAUCAUGUUUGGAUCUUUCUGGAUUUUUCGAGAAAGAGGACAUUUCUGAGAGGAAAAUCAGAUUUACAUCAAAUCUCUUACCAAAACAGUUGCUGGACAGAAUUGAGAAUACAGUGACACAAAUGGGAUUUCAAGUCCAGAAAAGACAUGGAAGGUUGAAAGUGUUGCAAGAGUGCAAAGGACAAAAAUGCCCAACUACUCUCUCGGUAGUCGCACAGGUAUUCGAGAUUAGCCCGUCUUUGUAUGUCGUAGAGAUACAAAAGUCUUCGGGGGAUUCUACAGUAUAUAGACAGUUGUGUAAUAGGAUAUCGAGUGAUUUGGGUGUACAACGGACUCGGGAGAUCUUAAUUUAGCUAUUUAUUUGUUGUGAAAUUUAGAAACUUUAAUGCUUUUGUUCUUUUAAUUUCCUCCUCUUCUACAUUUUUUUUGAAGAGUUGUGAGCAGUAACCACACAGUGCUGUAGUUUGGUUGUUUAAAUGUUUACUUUGCGUGAGCAAUUAUUGGAAGAGUUUAAGUUA